AUGGAGGCCAUGACAAUUGGCCUAUUGGAGAACAUUGAUGCCAAGUUUCUUCAGUAUCGAGUUGACAGCACGUACAUGUUCGGAGACAUCCUGAAGAAGGCUGACGUUCAUGUCAUCGACCCCAUAGGAUGUACCGGGGCCAUGAGUCAACAUCAGAGGGCAGCGAUGAUGCAAGCAGAUGAGGGCUACUUCUCAUCACGUAGCUUCAAGAAUUUUGACCGAUACGGCUACUGGUUGUGGUCAGCCAAGAUGGCAAUGCCACUGCCAGAAGGGGUCAAGGGACCAAGUAGCAUUGCUGUCAAGUUAAAAUCCCUGUUGGACAAGUACAAGCGACCUAAGAAUGUUGGGAACCUUUUGGUACCACGUGUCAAUGAAGUUAUUUGGAAUGAGGCCGGACCCCUGACCAGAGCACGUGAUAUUCGGAUGCAGCACACGCAAGGAAUGAUAACUAAAGCUAUUGUUCCCAUCACUGAGAUGAAAGAUGAACUGAUGACUGCUGUUGCCAACAGACAACAGGUUAAUGCAAUCAAGAUGAUAGAUAAGACCAACAAUUCACUGAGAAAACUCAUUGGAUACCCCAACGACAGCUACCUGUUUGGGGAUGACCUCCCCAAAAGUAUCAAGGACAUAACAGAGUGCAAAGAGCUCAGCAACAAGCUCCACACACCAGGCAAGUCAGCCAUGCAUAGGGGGUCAUACACACCUGGAUAUAGACAUAGAAACCCAGGAAACAGGUUCAGGCCUUAUGACCCUCAACGACUCAGAAAAGGUGGUUUUGUGAAGAACAAAGGUUUUCAGUCGGUGUCAGAUCGUGGACGAACAGGAAAUCACCGAAACCAGGGGCCUUUUUUAGGGCGACGCCCAUCAGGGCCCAAACCACAUCACAGGAAAUACUGAAAAACAAUGAUGGCGGUAGCCAUGAACAGGUGAGGAAUCUUUAUGAAACUGGUUCACUUUACAACAUUCCUGACAAUUUCACUGCAGGCAAGAUUAAUUUGCAUUU